AUGGAUGACAAUCACUCUUACACGAUACCUGGCCAUACCCUGUUUGUAUUUCUUAUCACAACUUGUACAUUCAAGAUCAGUCCCAUCAUUAAAAAGUUUCCUGUUACAUCCCGGGGACAUGCAAGAUAUGUACAUCCAUCCAAAAGAACCGUCAAUUGCAACAAUUUCAGCAGCUCCUUGACUGUAGUUACAGUCAAGGCACCACUUGUAAAAUCAUCAAUGCAUGUGGAUUGGGACAGCACUGUUGCAGUACUUAUACUUCGUAAAGGACUGGUUGAAGCAUUUAACCUACAGGUGAUACGAACUGAAGCAAAUGUGGAAUAG